AUGGGUGCCGUCGAGAGCUACCGCAUUGGUGGCCUUGAGGGCUUCCAAGAGGUUGAGGACCCCCUGUACCCCGGUGGUGCCUUCGACCCCCUGGGUCUGGCUGAUGACCUCGAUGCCCUUGCUGAGCUGAAGGUGAAGGAGCUGAAGAACUGCCGCCUCGCCAUGGUGUCAAUGUUCGGAUUCUUCGUCCAGGCCAUCGUCACCGGCAAGGGCCCCCUGGAGAACCUGUCCGACCAUCUGGCUGACCCCACCGUGAACAACGCCUGGGCAGGGCUCUCGUUAUCAGACCAAAUUGCCCCCCCUUCUAUGCCCUCGUUCCUCUUCCAGGCCUAG